AUAAUUAGUUAUGGAAAGACACAAAGGAGAACUUCUCAAGCGGAAUCACGUGAAAUGUUCCAAAAGAAGCAAUAAGAAUUUGAUUGCUCAAGUCUACAGAAUGCCCCAUUAUACUUCCAAGGUAUAAACACUCAAGUUUAGUAUAUUUAAGAGUCCUACCAUUGCAACAUGCAACAUUGCAUUCAACCAGAACACCACAAAAACAUCACCCUAUUCUCUAUUGUGUAAUCAAAUAUCAUUAACCAUCCAUGGCACAAAGAAGCAAGUCAUUUCGUUUUAGGAUCCCAUGGCUAUCAGUACCAUCUGAAUCAUUCGCUCGUCGUACAAGAGAAAGACCAAAAUCCCCUCCCCACUCAGACACAAGUGUGCCUAUUCAUAGACCAUCUAAGCCUUCUGUGAUAGCCCCUUCAGAGUUAUCUCCUCUUAGUCCCACGAAAACUGAGGAAGCCCCAAGAGCUGAACCUCAAAAAGAGUCACCACCCCAUCCAACACCUCCACCAUCAACUUCAGAGAGCAUUGAGUCCCCAGUGAAGGUUCAACCUAAGCCAAAACCUCUUUCUCCACAGCCUCCACUUCGACCUUCAUCUCAUGCAGACUCUCCAUCUCAGGUUCAUGUUGCACCCUCAUCCCCCAAAACUCAUUUGGCCUCAGAUAAUGGAGCCAUGAAGGUGCCAAAGCUUGUUGCUGAAGAAACCACUCCUCCUGCAUCAUCUUCCUCUGAGCAAGAAAAGGAAAAGAUGGUCUUGUCUGAGGCAAAACCCCAAGAAGAUGAGCUGAAGGUAGAAUCACCAUUGAGAACAAUCACCAAGUCACCAGAAACAUCUUUUCAACCCGAGAGGAUGUUGACACAUCCUGCAGGCAUUGAACAACAAGUUUCUUCUGUGCGCUCUUCAUCCCCAGUUUCAAAAACUGAACCAGCCACUCAUUCAUCGUCUCCUUUGGCCUCAAAGGACAUCAAAACCGAAGAAACCACUCCUCAAGAAGAAAAAGAGAAGAUGGCAGUGAUAGUUCCACAAGAAGAAAAAACAAAGAUAAAGUCACCUUUGAAAACCAUCCCCAAGUCACCGAAGACCUCUUCUCAACCUGAGAAUCUGUCCACACAGCCUACAAGAAUUGAGCAAAGAUCAACAACACCAAAAAACAAGUCCCUUCAACCUGAAGAAAAGGAGAAAGUGGUGCAGGAAACCACCAAGGCACGAGGAAAAGGCAAAGACACAACCAUAGGACAACCAAGUGAACAACACACCAUGGCAUCUGCCUCAGGAACAACAUUAUCAUCAACAACCACAACACAGACUAAAGAUUCAUUCGCCAAGGCAUUUCGUGGAGAUAAGAAGCAUCAUGGAGCACGAGAAACUGUGCAGAGAAAAAUAAUGUUUGCCACAACCAACCCCAUUGGGAAGGACACAAGAGUUGUGAGCUCAACAGAUGAAGGAGGCACAAAGAAUGUGUCAAGCUCAAGCAUAUCACCUGAAAAAACUGCUUCAUCCAGUGGUGAAAAGGCUCCUCCACUACAAAAAGGCAUCAAAGAUGAUAUCACAAAGUUUGUUCACAAACUAACAGCCUCUGUGCACCCUACACAACACAUGGAUGACAAACAGUUUAGUGUCAUAACUUUGGCUGGUGACAAUAGAGGAGCCACAAUGCACUUAGGUUCUGAGUCAGCUAAGAAAGAGGGUUCAGUUCACAUACACCGAGCCUACAAGAGUGAUCCUGAAGAUACCAAUGAGGUGACCACUGAUGGAGAAGAAAACACUAAUGAAGAAGAUGAAGAGGUGGGAAUGGCAUAUGUCAACAGCAACAUACAAAGUAUUAAUAACUCACUCAUGUUUCAUGGUUCAAUCACUGAAAGAGACCCUGGUGUUCAAGUGACUCUUCCUCAAAAGCCUGCUGAACCCAUCAAGCCCGAUGAUAAGCCCAAUCCCGGCUUGGAAACUCAGAGGACUCAGUUCAACAUCAACCGGGCUGAGAAGUCAACAUACCAGCCCACGGUUGGAAGAAGCAUCAGAGGCCCUUUCCUUGAACCAAAUGACAAACCUCGCCGUCACGGUUGCAACUUCAGCUGUGACAAGGAUAUAGAGGACAUUGAGAUUCUGUGAAGGAACAAGCACACACCGCUUCCCUUCUAAAAUUCAAAAGCUGUGCAGUGGAAUAUUGUAACACACAGAGAAACAAAAUAAGUGUUAAUGACAUCCACAUUGUGUAAUUUGUUAUGUCUCAUGUUAUUUUUACUUUAUUAUUAUUUUUUAUGUACCUUGUCAUUUUUAUA